AUCCGCGGUAGUGGAGGUUGUUUUGAAUGCGCGGUGGCGCGGGCCAAUCAGGAGGGUCUCGUGGUGAGAUAGCGCGAGGCUGCGCAAGAAGGAAGCGUGAAGUCUCAGCGAGAGCACGGUGGAGAUACGCUGUUGGUCGAUCAACACCGGACUAAAAAUAUUAAAGUGGUCUAAGUGGAAGUCAACCAGCCUCCAAGAUGGCCAAAAGUGACCCAGGAAAGCCAAAGGGCAAAAUGUCUGCUUAUGCCUACUUUGUGAAGACCUGUCGUGAGGAGCACAACAAGAAAAACCCUGGUGUUUCUGUCAAUUUUGCAGAAUUUUCCAAGAAGUGUUCUGAGAGAUGGAAAGUUAUGUCUCCAAAAGAAAAGACUAAAUUUGAAGACAUGGCAAAGCAAGAUAAGGCCCGUUAUGACCAAGAAAUGAUGAACUACAACCCAGGCAAGAGGGGCAGAAAGAAGAAGGACCCUAAUGCACCUAGGAGGCCACCGUCGGGAUUUCUCUUGUUCUGUGCUGAGCGCAGACCCAGUAUCAAGGCUCAGAACCCCAGCAUGGGUAUUGGCGAUGUAGCCAAGAAACUUGGUGAGAUGUGGAACAAUAUGUCAGACUCUGAGAAACAACCCUUCCUUUCACAGGCCAACAAACUCAAGGACAAGUAUCAGAAGGACAUGAAAAACUACAAGGCAAAGGGUAAAGCAGGCAGUGGGUCGUCAGCAGGCAAAUCAAAAUCCAAAGAUGACGACGAUGAAGACGAAGAGGAUGAGGAAGAUGAGGAUGAUGAAGAGGAAGAGGAGGAGGAUGAUGAUGACUAAAGGACUUUGCAACUAUCCUGUUAUCAGAUUAGGUAUACAAUCACUGCCAGUUUGAUUUCAGAUAAGGUCUGCCAGGUGCUAGCUAAAAGGCCAUACUCUUAGCACCCACGGGGAUUCUCAAUCUGUGCAAGCUAAGAUUAUUUUCAGAUACUGGUUUUGCUUAUGCUUCCCCCCACCACCAACCUCUUAAGUGUACUGCAAAAGAAGGGGUAUAUUGUCUUUGCUAUUCAGCAAUAAGUAUAUGGUUGAGUAAGAAUAUACAUGUUAAGCUGUUUAAGGUUGUGUGUUUCUAUGUGGUUCUUAACUUAGAAAUUCC